UUCUCAGCUUUUAGUAGAAAUUAAACUAUAAAACGUAUCGGAGCACUUGCAACCAUACAAAUGGGAAUUUGAACUGCCAAAGCAAAGACAAUCAGUUUGUAAAGGAAGUAUGCGGCAGGAACUAAUUGGAAUCGCUGUUACAAGCCCAGACAUGCUGUCAUCGUUCCAGAAGAUCUGAAGACCGAAGACACCCGUCAACUAACCCAAAGUGCCACUAUUCAAUCUGAUGGAACCGGCCAUAAAAAUCGAAGAAGACAGUACCGACUUUGGGGAGUUUGCUUUCCUAUCCGAACAGCACUUGAUGGAGGACAUCACCGACACUAUAAAGAAGGGCAGCAGCAACACAUCGAAACGGCUCCAUUCUCGCAAACGAAAGUUGGACAUCGCGGAGCUGUUUCAACUUUCGUCCGGAAACACCGCCACGACGGGAAGCGCCAGUCAGCGAAAUCUCUUGGAGAAACCAUUCCCAAUCAACACGAUAAACGAGUUGAACGAGUUCGACUCGCUUCUGCUGGGCAAUCCUUCCUUCACGGAGAAAUGCGCACAGAUGCUACACUCGGUCAUACGGGACGAGGGCAAUUCGCUUGACAAUGCCACAUGCCAUAUGCGAUUGCUGCUGGAACAUGCGAUCGACUAUGCGGUGAUACUGCGUUACAGCUGGUACGGGUUCAUGCCACGAUCGCCCGCUGCUCGGAGUAGCGGCGAGCAGCAUCCCUUUCGUAAUCUGCUGGGCGUGAUAAGCUUGCUGCACCGGGCACGGCAGUUGCGCUUUGCGACGUGCAGCAGGGAGGAAAUAAACGAGGGUAUUGAGAAGUUUCUCAAGCGUAAGCUACGGUGCCAUGCGCUGUAUGUGAAAAAGCAGCAGCUAGUGAAACAGUAAGGCUAAAAAUAUGACGAAUAGGGAAUGAUGGGGCAGUGGGGGAGCUAUUGAACUCUUCCUCCAGCAUUCUCUCCGUUUAGGUGCCAAAGUGUAGAAUAAAAACGGUAGUGCAUGGAUUGAUUAAUUAGGGUGGGAUUAGCAAAGGAAACGAACAACCAAUCAUUAAGAAUCUCGCACAAAAGAAAAUUCAUUAUUUUCACUCACUCUAGUCAUCGUACCCCUGCGUGAACGUGGGAGCGCAAUACACGGCUGCCACCAGUAUACUAGUACUAGUCCACUAUAUAUAUUGAUUGUGAUUUAUUACAUACUUAAAACAAAACUGAAAAAAGCAGCCGGUGGGUGGUUUGGGGGAUCGACAGAAAUUCCGAUGAUGUUGAUAAUGGCACUUCUGUCUCACCGCUUCUAUACAUAAUUUCUAUAGAUUCUGAUCGGUGUGAGAUAUGCAAUGGGAACGAAUGUAAACCACCCCGGCAGUAGAUUCUAAGAAACCAAAAUAACAUGUGAUGACAAUUAUCUGGAUAUAUUUCGAAACUCGCACAAAAAUACGCGUUAAAUACAGAAACGAAGAUAAAAACCAUAUUAUUUAUCAAAAAAUAAGCAUAGUGUCUUUUUAAGUUCAUAUUUGAACCAGUUUUGAUGAACCUUAUUUAUGUAUAUUAUAAUUUGAACAUUAUUUCAUGGAAUAAUUCUCUAUAACUAUUAACCUUUACUCUAUUCUUUCUUUGGACGUGUGCAUUUCCCUUCGUUGUUCCACACAGCCGAUUCGGACGAUGAGCAUAAAUUUCAAAGCCGUGACAAUCAGCAGCCACGGUUUGUGACCACCAAAAAGGGCAAAGAGUUGCUCAUCUUCCGAGGAUACGUUUACCGUGUGAACCGACACCGUGGUCGCCUGCGAUACUGGGAAUGUGCCAGCCGCCGUACGAAAAUACGCUGCUCAUCCAAAUGCACGACAGAGUUUAACACGCUGCGCAGCAUCAGUGGCGGCAAGCACAACCAUCCGUGCGCAAACUUAGAACACGAAGAAUUGGAAGGGAAGUCGAACAUCAAGGUGCUGGAAGAGGAGAUGUACUUAUGAUCGGUUUGUAUGUGUGUAUAACAUCGAUUAGUGUGAUAUGGUCCCACUCUGUCGCUAAUCUUAUUAGAAACCGUUGAAUUGGGUGUGAUCUGUUCAUGCUAGAACUGAUGUUGGUUUUUUGUGAAUAAAAUCAUUUAAAAAACAAAACCAUUUAUAAAAAGUUUACACAUAUGAACCAAUGGGGGGUGUACGGGUUAUGAAACAAAAA